UACUAAAACAUAAUUUCUUGUGUCAUUGUUCGGCUGACUCUGUUGAGCGCUUUGUGGGUUUAAAUAGACUUAAGGGAAAAUCUCAACAGUUUGUGACCUGACAACACUUGCCGUCAUGAAUCGGAACGCUUUGCGGAUUUUGCUUCUGCCAGUGCUGUGUACGUUUGCCCGAAAUGAAACGCUCAGUCCAGCUAUCGCUGUAGAGGAGCUGCUCUGGGUCGGUGGUCAGGUCGGAGAAGUUCAUACCUACAGAAUUCCCCUGCUCACCUUCACUACUCACGGAAGUCUGCUGGCUUUUGCAGAGGCCCGGAAACUGUCCUUCAAAGACAAGGGAGCCAAGUUCAUCGCUUUGAGACGCUCCACAGACAGAGGAGUCACCUGGUCUCCUACCUCCUUCAUAGUGGAUGAUGGUGCUCUAGCAGAUGGGCUGAAUCUAGGUUCGGUUGUUGUGGAUGAAGAGACUGGUGCUGUGAUCCUGAUCUACUCGUCGUGUUUUCACCGUUACCGCUGCAAGCCCUCCAGCACCAUGAUGGUGCAGAGUCUAGAUGACGGGUUCACCUGGAGCGCCCCACGAAACCUUAACCCUCAACUGGGGCUCAAGAGUUUUGCUCCUGGACCUGGCUUCGGUAUACAGAAACGUCAUCCGCCUGCUGUUGGGCGUCUGGUGGUGUGUGGCCACGGCAGCAUCAUUGGAGAUGGAGUGUUUUGCAUCCUGAGUGAUGAUCAUGGAAACACUUGGAGAUACGGAGCUGAACUGAAGAGCAUUCCCUACAACCAGCGUAAAAGCAUCCUUGACUUUGACCCAGAUGAGUGUCAGCCAGUGGAGCUGGAUGACGGUAGCAUCAUGAUUAAUGUGCGCAACAAUAAACACUACCACUGUCACUGUCGCAUGGUUGCACUCAGUCUGGAUGGAGGAGAGUCUCUGCCGGUGGAGGAGCUGGUGUUUGAUCACACACUGGAGGAUCCUGCGGUUGCGGCUGGAGCUUUAGAGAAGGAAGGAGUGCUUUACUUCACUAACCCAGCCAACGCUAAUUACAGAGUGAACCUCACCCUUCGCUGGUCUCUGAAUCGUGGUAAUUCAUGGGUGAACGAUACUCUGAAGAUCUGGGCUGGGCCAAGUGGAUACUCUUGUAUCACGUCACUUAAAGGCAAUCAAACUGAGGAUCAUAAAUACAUCUAUGUCAUCUUUGAGAAAGGCCAAAAAGACUAUUUUGAGUCAAUCUCCUUUGUCAAAAUUGACCUUUACAGCGAACAGUGAUUGAAGUCACUUGAUGGGCUGAUUCAUUUUAGAAAAAAAUAGAAACUUGAUCAAGUUGCUCAUUUUGAAAAUAAAUAUUUAAGUGAA